GCAUGCACUUCUCUUGGCCUGUUUAUUAGGUGCUGGAAUUUCCCAGCCUGAGACCGUGUUUCCUUCUUGUCUUGGCUUCUAUUCACUCGACCCCCCUUUGAACCUUUCUUUACAUCGGCCGGGCCGCUUCUCACUGGCUCUGUGCUCGCAAGCUCACAACUCCGUCUUUUCCCUAUUCCGCCACACGUACACCCUCAAGCAGACACAAUGGCUCCUUCAAACGUCCACGCGGGCGCAUACCCCCUUGGCGCCACAGAGGACCAAGUACCAGGCCCCAGCCUACCCAACUCCCCCCGGAACUCCAUCCACGCGUAUAGGGCAACCUACCCGACCAACGACGCCGCCCGGCUAGUCUCAGCACCAAGGGACAACUUUGAUGCGGCCAGCACGGCAGAGACGCUCUCAGACCACAACGGCGACCCGGAACAUAACGCAGGUGGCAAGGAGGGCGAGGCCUCGCACGGCGAUGCCUACGGCGUCAACAGGCCAAAGCUCAAGUGGAAGCAGCGGCUCCACCACUUCACCUGGGCAUGGUUCACGUUCCCCAUGAGUACGGGCGGCCUCUCGCUGCUGAUACACGCGCAGCCGCACCAGUUCAAGGGGCUGCGGGAGAUCGGGACCGUGGUCUACGCUGUCAACCUCGCCAUAUUCUCCUUUGUCGUUACCUGCAUCUUUACGCGCUUCUUCCUGCACCGCGGCGACUUUACGAGCUCGCUCAGCCACCCGCGCGAGGGCUUCUUCUUCCCGACCUUCUUCCUGGCCACGGCCACCAUCAUCACCAGCACGCACCGCUACGCCAUCCCGGCCGACGACCCGACGCUCAACUGGGCCAUCCAGGCCACGUACUGGCUCUACGUCAUCGUCACCCUCGCCCUAGCCGUGGGCCAGUACAGCUACGUCUUCGCCGCCCACAGCUUUGGCCUGCAGACCAUGAUGCCCACCUGGAUCCUGCCCAUCUUCCCCAUCAUGCUGUCGGGCACCAUCGCCUCCGUCAUCGCCGCCACCCAGCCCGAGAUUGCGGCUGUGCCCGUCAUCGUGGCCGGCCUCACCUGCCAGGGCCUCGGCAUCUCCGUCUCGUUCCUCAUGUACGCCCACAUGGUCGGCCGCCUGAUGCAGUCGGGCCUGCCCAACCGCGAGCACCGCCCGGGGCUCUUCAUGUGCGUGGGGCCACCGGCCUUUACGGCUUUGGCCUUGAUCGGCAUGGCCAACAACCUGCCCGAGAACUUUGACCCCAACGGCGACGGGAUGGGCGAGAAGGCCAUGAUCCGCAUCCUUGCCAUCAUUGCCGGUGGCUUCCUCUGGGCCCUGAGCCUGUGGUGGUUCUUCAUCGCCCUCAUCGCCGUCGUCCGCUCGCCGCCGCGCUACUUUCACCUGGGCUGGUGGGCCAUGGUCUUCCCCAACACGGGCUUCAUCCUGGCCACCAUCUCGCUCGGCAACGCCUUUAAAAGCGAGGCCGUGCUUUUCUUUGCCAACGGCGCCUCCAUCAUGCUGCUCCUCACUUACUUCUACGUCCUGUACCACCACAUCAAGGCCGUCAUCAAGCAGGAUAUUAUGUAUCCCGGGAGGGAUGAAGAUGUGGAGGACCACUGAUGGAAGAUGCGCCAUCUCAAUGGCAUCAACUCUACGCCCACACUUCACUUCUCCACACAGAAUUUUUUAGAACAAAACCAUUUUGCAUUUUCCGCAUCAUCAUCAUCACCACUCAUUUACCACAGCGUGCUUGCUCUAGACUUCCUUCAUUAUACCGAGCCCAAGUCAGGUCGGCGAUGACAGUGUAUCCAUCUACAUAGCUACUCCCUAGUCUAAAAGGCCAGGAAGGCACGCAGGCGUCCUCUUGGCGAGUGGCGACCUUUGUGUUAUGUUUCUUGUUUUGUCCGAUAUGGCGCCCUCUUGG